AUGACUCAUCUCUUCCCUUCCAAAAACAUGCUGCGACUUGUCUUGCUGCUAAAUGCAUUAAUCCCUCUUGCUUUUUCCAUCACCUUGUUUGAUUGGACCAUUCUCAUCGUCAACGACUCCAAAGAUCAGACGUUAACGACACAUUGUGAGACCAACGGUGACGACAUUGGAACCAAAGCGUUAAACCCCUCUACCAAGCAAGCAUUUGUAUGUCCGGUGCUUGUCAAGGAAAGGACCGUCGCGUCGUGCGACAUCACGUUGGGAAAUUUACAUGGACGUUUCGAUGUAUUGGACUGGGACAGAGACCAGCGCAGGUGUGUGGACGGUGCGUGUCUCUGGCAUGUUGACGAGAAUGGGCUGUUCUUGGUUAUUAAUUGUCAGUUGGUGUUACAAUAUCCAUGGCCGAACUAG